AUGGUUCGGCUCACGGCCCAACCUAUGGAGGACGCGGAGUGCGCACCGCACCGGGAACGUUGGACGGGAAGACGAAAACGCACCGGCCUCUCUCUCCCCCAAAACACCCCACGACAUCUUCCUUUCCACGCACUUUCCUUCCUUGAACAGUAUCGCCAGCAGCACCAUCUUUGGCAAGUCCGUCUCUUGAAACAUAUACGUCAAGGAAUUCUGGUGGUAUCGCUUCCUAGCCUUACAAGGUCUACCCCACCUAAACUGUCUUACCUUGCGAUGUUUCCUCACAGUUCCCGCAACCAAGCAGUUGCCGUCCGAACUCGCGCCCACGGGUGCUCCUCACGGUCAGUGAUCCCGCCCCGUCGCCAUCCCAGGGACCCUUCCGGCGACUACGACUGGUGGGAUCGGGACGAAAAGCGCCAGUGCAUCGAAUCGUCGUCGACUGACGCACCAAACACUAGCACGGGAGUGUCUCGGAACGCGUGCGCUGUAACAAAGUCACGGCCGCCCACCGGACGAUUGCACCAGUCGACCGAAUGGGACAACGACACUGUCGAUAGCGUCAUCGACAACCGGCAAUCCCCGCUUUCUUUCCAAAGCAAUGGAAUCUGUAAAUCUCCCAGUACUAUCAAGGAUGACGUUCGGCCUUGCACGUCUGCUUCUUCGAGUCGGCAAGAGUCUGAUUCCACUGCGGUCGUCCGAGACUUUACGGAGUAUCGGACAGCCUUGGCCAAGAAGUCCAGUUCCUCCUCGUCCGUCAAAUUCCAAGAGUUUGUUGCCCUAAACGAAAACGAACUCCGUCAAACGCCUCCCGAAGUGCUCUACGACACUGUACGGACCCUUCAACAUCAAGUCCACGUACUCGGCUCAGCUUUGACGUGGAAAGACGAUAACGCCACCGAAUUUGCCCUUCAUCUGGGCCAAACGUGGGCGGAACAGUCGAAUCACUUUCAUCACAAAAUGCGAGAACUACGCCAGCGCCACGAGACGCAAGUUGAAGACAUGCAGUCCCACAUUGAACGACAACGGGAGAGUUUGCUUGUGCUAGAUACCGAACUAUUCCGCAUGCGUCAACAACUGGCCAAUACCACCGAUUUGCCCACUCCAUGGUCAAUGCCGCAACAAGCGGUAACGGCGGAAGAUGACGACAGCGACAACGACAGCGAAACAUCGUCUAGCUCAGCAUCGUGGUUGCAGGAUGAGAUUCCGUCCGAUAUUGUGUCCGGAGGAGAGAAUUGUCCGGAAAAGACCGACACACAAUUUCUCGCCUCCAAGGUGGAAGGAAAUUCUUGGCCUACAAACGUCGUGCAAGAUACCGACCAGGAUGCGUCGGAAACGUACUCGCAAAGCUUGUUUGGGGGAGGGGAGUGCGAAGUCUAG